AUGGACGAUGGGAGGCUCGCAUUGGCAACGCACAAAUAUCUUUACCUUGGAACCUAUGCCACACAAGAAGAAGCUGCAACAGCCUAUGACAUGGCUGCAAUAGAGUACCGCGGACUUCAGGCAAUUACCAAUUUUGAGCUUAGUCAUUACAUUAAGUGGCUACGACCUAACCAAAAUAAUACUCACCACCCUCAACCAAAUCCUAACCCAAUGUCAAACCCUAAUCCAGAGUUUGGGACCUUUGGGUUUGGCUUCCUUCACCUCCUAACGCAAAGCUCAAGCUCAGCCGAAAUGGCAGACCCUCGUCUGCAGCCAGGUGGUGGAGCCUCUACCUCAUCUGCACUAGGGAUUUUGUUACAAUCUUCCAAGUUUAAAUAA